AAAUUAUUUUCAUUUCCGACAUGGCGACACAUUGAAGACGGUGGUGGAGGCGAGAGCCGUUUCAAGCUGCCACGUCAUCCAGGCUUCCCUCUCACAUUACAUCAAUUCCAUGCGUUUAUUCACAUUUCACCCUCCUCCCCCCUCUCUCUCUCUCUCUGUGAAAUAUAGGGCUCCAAACGGCAUCGUUUCAUCUCUGCAAUCAUGAACAUCUUCCGAUUAGCAGGCGACAUGACCCAUUUGAUGAGUAUUCUGGUUCUUCUUCUCAAAAUUUACGCCACCAAAUCUUGUUCAGGGAUUUCGCUCAAGACUCAGGAGCUCUACGCGCUUGUGUUUCUGACUCGGUAUUUGGAUCUGUUCACGGACUUCAUCUCAGUCUAUAACACUGUGAUGAAGCUGGUGUUCAUUGGGAGCUCUCUGGCGAUUGUGUGGUGCAUGAGGAUGCACAGAACCGUUAAGAGGUCAUAUGACGGACAACUCGACACCUUUCGCCAUUAUUUUCUAGUAGCUGCGUGCUUUUUGUCGGCGCUUAUCGUUCACGAGAAGUUCACAUUUCAAGAGAUCUUCUGGGCAUUUUCAAUAUAUUUGGAGGCUGUUGCCAUUCUUCCCCAGUUAGUUUUGCUCCAACGCAGUGGAAAUGUGGACAAUUUGACGGGGCAAUAUGUUUUCUUUCUUGGGGCCUAUCGUGCAUUAUACAUCCUCAACUGGAUUUACCGUUAUUUCACGGAGCAACAUUUUAGCCGAUGGAUAGCCUGCAUUUCUGGUCUGGUCCAAACAGCACUUUAUGCAGAUUUCUUCUACUACUACUUUAUUAGCUGGAAGAACAAUUCCAAGCUGCAGUUGCCUGCUUGAACCAAAGAGAGAUGGUAUGCGGGGUUUAUGUGGCAUGGAAAGGAUGCAUUUUCGUAGUUUUGAGAAGGGAUGGAUUCCCAUAUCUGUAUGGAUGGGGAAAAGGUUGUUGGACUUGGUUGGUAUUCCCCUGUUCAUAAUUACAUUUAGAUUAGAUGAAACCCUGAUGUUCAUAUGAGAUGAGAGUAUUGAAGGUUUCAGCACUUUCCCAAAUGCCUUUAUAUGUAAACGUGGUUUUGAAAGUAAUACAUGCUGAUUCGGUCAAAA